AAGAUUUCACCGAGAUGAAUACGAUUAAUUCGUUCGUUGUUCGACGACCGUGAAAGACGAGAAGAAUUUUCAGUGCGUCAUGAAGUUUUCGAUUGUUUCCGCAUUGGUGAUUGGCGUUUCGCUGGCCCAACCGCAGAGGCGGCCUCAUUCGUUCUUCGACGACCAAAAGGACAUCCAGAAGCAGCAGGACUACCAGAGCGACCGCCAGUACCAGAAGAACUCGAUCCAAGACAACCCCACCCAAAACCAGUACCAAGACCAGCGCCCGCACCAGAGACACGAGACCACCACCUACAUUCCCAUCAUCAGAUUCGACAAGGAGCAAUCCGAAGACGGGAGCUACAAAGCAGCUUACGAGACGGGCAACAACAUCAUCGCCGAAGAGGAGGGGUACUUGAAGAACCUGGGGCCGGAUCCGAACGCCGAAGGCGAGACCUUGAAGUCCCAAGUGCAAACUGGAUCGUUCACGUACACGUCUCCGGAGGGGAUUUUGAUAAGCGUGAAAUACGUGGCAGACGAGAGCGGUUUCCACGCCACUGGUGACCAUUUGCCGACGCCUCCGCCGGUCAGUCCCGAGGUCCAGAAGGGCCUGGAGCUCAUCUAUGCCGGAAUCAGAGCUCAAGAGGAAGAAGACGCUCGACGUCAGAAAGAAAAUCCCCAAGAGGCAAGAAGGAAACCUGAAUACGAUGACGGGCAAUACCGCCAAUAUUAAUUCCAACGUUGGAUAUAAUUUGUAAAAAACUUUCUGUGAUUUCCGGGUCAUUAUAUUUUUGCGCAGACUGAUUUUCAAAAAUUUCAAGCGAUCGAAGAAAAAAAAGCAUUUUAAGUAAUAGAUGUUUUUUGUCUAAAGUUUCACUUAUUUAUUGUAAAAACGGUUACUAAAUAAACAAGAUUUUAUGUAUUUUCAUCAUACAUGUUUGUGUGUAAAUAUAACGAGUGCAUAAUAUAUAUUUUGGAUCAGUAAAAUUAGUCAGUAAAUUGUGUAAACUCCUUUAUUUUCUCACGUACAAAUUUAUUCAAAUCAGUUAUUUUUAUAUAUUUUUUAUUGAAUUUUUGAAGUUUAAAGAAUU